GCGGCCUCGCCAGCCACCGCGGCCGGUCCUGGGAAGGGCAGGAACGUGCCUCCCAACGCUCAGUCCUUUCUGUCCAAAAGCUUUGGUUAUUCUCCAAACUCAUCCAGUGCUGAGGUUUCCUCCACCUCGGUGAACAAGGCCCCCGCUGGACACACCACGGGGCUGCCCAGCUCCAGUUUCAAGCCACCAAGCAAUUCCUUGGGCUUUCCCAGCUCCCACCCCACCAGCCCCUCCUCCCUUUUGCCAGCGGAAUCCUCUCUGGCUCAACCCUCUGAAAUUCCCAAAGCAAAGCUGGAGUCGGAGCCGCCUUCUCCCAGCCUGGAGAUGAAGAUCCACAACUUCUUGAAGGGAAAUCCUGGCUUCAGUGGCCUCAACUUGAAUAUUCCCAUCCUCAGCAGCUUGGGAUCCAGCAUGGCAACGGAAAGCCACGCGGCCGACUUCCAGCGGGCUCCCACCAGCACUUCCCUGGACAACGUGGAUGGGACGCCGGUGCGAGCAGAGGGGCGCGGGAACCCACCCUUUUACAAACCAACCUCCAGCAACGUGGACACUAUUUCCCUGCUGUCCAAAAUCAUGAGCCCGGGUUCUUCUACUCCCAGCAGCACCAGGUCCCCCCUCCAGAGCCGGGAUGAUGGGUAUUCCCAAGAGCUUUCCAGCUCCGUGCACACCUACCGGCCCUUCGGGCUCGGCCGGGAGUCUCCAGCCGGGCUGUACAAGCAGCCUGCGGACAGCAUGGAGCUCCCUUCCUCCCUGCUGGACUCCUCCCAGGAGAAGUUCUACCCGGACACCUCUUUCCAGGAGGAUGAGGAUUACCGGGACUUCGAUUACUCGGGGCCGCCCCCCUCGGCCAUGCUCAACCUGGAGAAGAAACCCACCAAAUCCAUCUUGAAGUCCAGCAAACUCUCCGAGGCUGCGGAGUAUCAGCCGGUGCUGCCCAGCUAUGGGCAGAGGUCGCAGGAGUUUGGGGUGAAGUCCCCUUUCCCGCAGUCCAUGAGGUCCAUCCUUGAGCAGAGCGAGAGCUGCGACCCGCUGGCCGCGGCCCCGGGGCUCUACGGGAGCUACGGCCUCCGGGGGAACGAUUCCACCUCGGAUGGGUCCCCCUCUCCCAGCAAGAACGACGUGUUCUUCAGCCCGGACUCCAACCACAACACCCUCCCCAAGCCGGUGGUUCAUUCCGGCCUGGCUCAGAAGCAAUUCCCGGACUCUCCCCACUCCCUUCCCCACCGUUCCCUUUUCUCCUCCCCAAACACCCUUUCGAGCGUGGAGAAGCCGUUGGGUUCUUCCAUUUCCACCACGUCCACCAUGGAGUUCAAGAACAUGCUCAAGAACGCUUCCCGUAAACCCUCCGAGGAGAAGCAUGAGGAGCACUACCGCAUCGAGACCAGGGUCUCCUCCUCCUGCUUGGACUUACCCGACAGCACCGAGGAGAAAGGGGCUCCCAUUGAAACCCUGGGAUACCACAACGCUUCCAGCAGGGGAAUGUCGGGAGAACCCAUCCAGACGGUGGAAUCCAUCCGGGUGCUGGGCAAAGGGAGCCGAGGCCACGGGCGAGAGGCGAGCAGAGGCUGGUUCGAGCUG